AUGUGGACUUUUCAUCAUGACGAUAACACUGCAUUUGCUGUUGAACCAUAUUUACCACCAACUCGAAUACUACGAUGUUACAAUUGUCAAGUUUAUGAUGAUCAUAUUGCAGCUCAUUGUCCAAACAAAGAUAAUACAGUUUGCUUCAGAUGCGCUCAGCAUCAUCCUUAUAAUUCAAAUUGUUAUAAUGUUAUUAAAUAUGCUCACUGCCAAGGUGAUCAUAUGGUAGGUGAUCCAAGUUGUUCGAUUAAGUCGGGAAAACGUCAAGAAAAAAAUCAACGAUUGAAAAUAUUAAAUGGAACAUCCACUUCAACAGCUCAACAACAGCACAAACAAGUCUGGUCUGGCAAUUAA